UAAUGUGUUCAAACACUACUAUAACUUACAACCACAGAAACCCAGCUAGAAAACAGCUUCCUUUACACAAUGGCAGCCUCAACCAUGGCUCUUUCCUCCCCCUCUCUCGCCGGAAAGGCGGUGAAACUCAGCCCCUCAGCCCCUGAGCUCAUGGGCAACGGCCGUGUCUCCAUGCGUAAAACUGUCAAGCCUGGUCCAUCUGGAAGCCCAUGGUACGGCCCAGACAGAGUUAAGUACUUGGGCCCAUUCUCCGGUGAGCCCCCGAGCUACUUGACCGGAGAGUUCCCCGGUGACUACGGUUGGGACACUGCUGGGCUUUCAGCUGACCCAGAAACCUUUGCCAAGAACCGUGAGCUUGAGGUCAUCCACUGCAGAUGGGCCAUGUUGGGUGCUCUAGGAUGUGUUUUCCCUGAGCUUUUGGCCCGCAACGGUGUCAAAUUCGGUGAGGCCGUGUGGUUCAAGGCUGGAGCCCAGAUCUUCAGCGAGGGUGGACUUGACUACUUGGGCAACCCAAGCUUGAUCCACGCUCAGAGCAUCUUGGCCAUCUGGGCAUGCCAAGUGAUCUUGAUGGGUGCCGUCGAGGGUUACAGAAUUGCCGGUGGGCCACUCGGAGAAGUGACCGACCCAUUGUACCCAGGUGGAAGCUUUGACCCAUUGGGUUUGGCUGAUGACCCAGAGGCUUUCGCUGAGCUCAAGGUUAAGGAAAUCAAGAACGGUAGGUUGGCUAUGUUCUCCAUGUUCGGUUUCUUCGUUCAGGCCAUUGUUACCGGAAAGGGACCAUUGGAGAACUUGGCUGACCACCUUGCUGACCCCGUCAACAACAAUGCCUGGGCAUACGCCACCAACUUCGUCCCCGGAAAGUGAGCAUAGAGUCACAGAGAGUGGAUUUUAGUUUGUUCUGUUUGUUUGAUGUGAUGUAAAUUAAAUUAAUGGGAAGCUUAUUUUGAACGUUGAUUCCUGUGAAA